UAUAAGUAGGAUUGAGCCAAAUCGUAGUGUUCAACGGGUACAUUACAAUAUCGGAAUUAAAGCUCUACAAGCACAUACCGUUUAGAUACAAGUGACGUCAUUCGAAUUAAACAUAAAACGGAGUCGAUACCGCUGAUUUCCUGCAGACUUGCGUUUAUGUGGAUUUAGACUUUCUUUGACUGUGCGUCUGUGAAUCAUCGGGAUUUUUAUACUAACUCUUGGCCUGUUUUUGUUUUUUGGGUUUUUUUUGUCUUCUGUAUAACUUUUUCGCUGUAUGAUUUAGUUUAUAUCUCUUUUCUCUCGGCAUCUGUAUUCAUUUUGUAGUAAAUUAUUAUUAUUAUUAUUAUUAUUAUUAUUAUUAUUAUUAUUAUUAUUAUUAUUAUUGGCAGAAUAUAUGCGUUUUCUUUUAUUUUUUCCCCAGAGGAUAGUUUGCCUUUUUAGGAUUUAGGUCAAUUUACAGAUUAAAAAUUUGUUCGUUUAAGGAGUUAUGAUACUCAGGACAAUUCAUAUCUUCAUACCAGUGCUGUUACUGCGUACUACAGCAAUACAACAAGGUGGCCAAGUGGACGAUGAAUCCAGUUUUAACUUGUUUGAGAACAGCAACAUCACCAGAAAGACGAUUGGUGCUAAAGUCUUCAAGGGCCAUGACUGGGAUUCUCCAGCAUACCGCUUCAUACGCUUUGACCACAUUCCUCCAGUCAGUUCCCCAGUCCUCCAGCAGCUCCUAAGACAGAUCCAAGACAAUAACGGCUUUGUGUUUGUGGCUUCCGUACGUCAGGAUCGGUCUUCUCGUGGUACCCUUGUGGGCUUAGAAGGGUCUGAUGGCCAUCGACAGUUCGAGAUCAUCUCUAAUGGACGUGCCAACAGUCUGGAUUUAGUCUACUGGAAGGAGGGCUCUCAGAAUGUAAUAUCCUUUGAGGAUGUGGAUAUAUCAGACUCACAGUGGAAGAAUAUCACAUUGCAUGUGCAUGGAGAGAAUGCCAACCUCUAUGUGGACUGCAGCCUCAUUGAUAGCUUCACCCUUGAUGAGUCUUUUUAUCACCACUUGGAAGCCAAGGGCAGUCGCAUGUAUGUGGCCAAGGGAUCUAACAGGGAGAGCCACUUCAGGGGUUUGUUGCAGAACAUUUAUUUCAUCUUUAAGACACCUGUUGAAGAUAUUCUGCGAAAAAAGGGUUGUGAGAUUUCCAAGCCUGUUGACGAGUACAUGGUAAGUGAAGGAGAAGACGUCAUGGAAGUCAGUCAAGCCAUCUCCACUAACUUUAUCAGGCAAAAUAUGGAGAACUUGGACAUUUGUGAGCACUCCUGCGAGCAGCUCAGCUCCAUGUUUCAGGAGCUCAAAGGACUCCGCAGAGUGGUUGGAAACCUAAUGGAUGUCCUACAGAAAGUGGAUGAGGAAAACACAGUCAUGAAGAAAGCGCUGGGUAACAUUAAGAAUACCAAACACAACCGAAUGUGCUUGCAAGAUGGCCGCUUGUUUGAGGAUAAAGAAGACUGGGUGGUGGAUAGCUGCACCAAAUGCACUUGUCAGGAAUCAAAGGUUGUGUGCCACCAGAUUACUUGUCCUCCUGUGGCCUGUGCCACUCCAGUUUUCCUGGAAGAAGAGUGUUGUCCAAUGUGUCUGCCUAAGGACAGCGAGGAUGGUUGGUCACCCUGGUCUGAGUGGACAGAAUGCACAGUCACAUGUGGGACAGGCACCCAGCAGAGAGGCAGGUCAUGUGAUGUGACCAGCAACCCCUGUAGUGGUUCUUCCAUCCAGACACGCACAUGCAGCUUGGCUAAAUGUGACAGCAGAGUUCGCCAGGAUGGAGGAUGGAGCCUGUGGUCUCCUUGGUCAUCCUGUUCAGUAACAUGUGGUGAAGGCCACGUUACCAGAAUCCGCCACUGCAACUCACCAGUGCCCCAGCUAGGGGGGAAGGAAUGUGAAGGAAGUGGCAGAGAGACGCAACGCUGUGAUACUAAGCCCUGCCCUAUUGAUGGAAAAUGGGGCCCAUGGUCUCCGUGGGCGAUAUGCUCAGUGACAUGUGGUGGAGGAGUGCAGAGUCGAAGCCGUGUGUGUAAUAGCCCCCCGCCACACUAUGGAGGAAAAUUUUGUUCAGGAGAAGCUGAACACACAGGGAUAUGCAACAAGCAGGAUUGCCCAGUCGAUGGCUGUCUGUCUAAUCCCUGCUUUGGAGGGGUAGAAUGUACCAGUGCACCUGAUGGCUCAUGGGAAUGUGGCUCUUGCCCCAGUGGUUUCCAAGGCAAUGGACUAUUGUGUGAGGAUGUCAAUGAGUGUGAUCUGAUGCCUGAUGUAUGCUUUAAAGUCAAUGGGAAACAGCGCUGUGUGAACACUGACCCAGGAUUCCAUUGCCUUCCUUGUCCUCCCCGUUACAAAGGCAACCAGCCUUUUGGCAUGGGAACGGAAGAAUCCAGAAACAAUAAGCAGAUUUGUGAACCUGAGAACCCUUGCAAGGACAAGACCCAUAGUUGUCAUAGGUCUGCUGAGUGCAUCUACCUUAGCCACUUCAGUGACCCUAUGUAUAAAUGUCAGUGUAAGAUUGGCUAUGCUGGAGAUGGCUUUAUCUGCGGAGAAGAUUCUGAUCUGGAUGGUUGGCCCAACCAGAACUUGGUGUGUAGAGCUAAUGCCACAUACCACUGCAAGAAGGAUAAUUGUCCGAGCCUUCCUAAUUCUGGCCAGGAGGACUUUGACAAGGAUGGCCAAGGAGAUGCAUGUGACAAGGAUGAUGACAAUGAUGGAAUCAUGGAUGAAAAAGAUAACUGCCCACUGCUGUUCAAUCCCAGGCAGUUUGAUUAUGAUAAAGAUGAUGUGGGUGAUCGGUGUGAUAACUGCCCAUAUGACCACAAUCCAGCUCAAAUAGAUACUGAUCACAAUGGGGAAGGAGAUGCCUGUGCUGUGGACAUUGAUGGGGAUGGCAUCCUUAAUGAUAAGGACAACUGCCCAUAUGCAUACAACAGUGAUCAGGAGGACACUGACACAGAUGGAGUGGGAGACCAGUGUGACAAUUGUCUUCUGCUUCAUAACCCUGAUCAGGUUGAUACAGAUAAUGACCUCGUAGGAGAUCAGUGUGACAACGGCCAGGAUAUUGAUGAGGAUGGCUUUCAGAACAACCUGGACAAUUGCCCUUACGUUCCUAAUGCCAACCAAGUAGAUCAUGACAAGGAUGGAAAAGGAGAUGCUUGUGACUUUGAUGAUGAUAAUGAUGGAAUUCCUGAUGACAAAGAUAACUGCAGACUGGUAGCCAACAAAGAACAGAUGGACUCAGAUGGUGACGGUCGAGGUGAUGAUUGCCAGGACGAUUUUGAUAAUGACAGCAUCCCUGACAUUUUGGACACUUGCCCAGAGAACAAUGCUAUAAGUAUAACUGACUUUAGAAAGUUCCAGAUGGUGCAUUUGGAUCCCAAAGGGAACACUCAAAUCGAUCCCAACUGGGUAGUCAGGCAUCAGGGCAAGGAACUGGUCCAGACUGCCAAUUCUGACCCUGGAAUUGCAGUAGGCUAUGAUGAGUUCAGUGAUGUGGACUUCAGUGGCACCUUCUACGUGAACACAGAUAGAGAUGAUGACUAUGCUGGCUUUGUGUUUGGUUAUCAGUCAAGUGGACGAUUCUAUGUGGUUAUGUGGAAGCAGAUCACCCAAACGUACUGGGAAGAUAAGCCAUCAAAGGCCUUUGGAAUCUCAGGUGUCUCCCUCAAAGUGGUUAACUCUACCACAGGAACUGGGGAAAACUUACGCAAUGCCCUUUGGCACACUGGUGACACCCCUGGCCAGGUUCACACAUUGUGGCAUGACCCAAAGAACAUAGGCUGGAAGGACUAUACUGCAUAUAGGUGGCAUCUCAUUCAUAGACCUAAGACUGGAUUCAUCAGAGUGGUAGUAUAUGAAGGAAAACAGAUCAUGGCAGACUCAGGUCCAGUCUAUGACAAGACCUUUGCAGGAGGAAGACUGGGAUUGUUUGUCUUCUCGCAGGAACUGGUGUUCUUUUCUGAUCUUAAAUAUGAAUGUCAAGAUAACUGAAGACAAGUCAUGGUUACUACUUUCAGCUACAUGGAAUUGUCUUUGUUUAUAUAAGUUAAACUGAAGAAAAGAGGCGAAAUUAAAUGAAUUUUAAUGGAAUGAAAAUUCACACAAGACAUGGGAAAUUGCACCACUUCUACAUCACCUUUAUAACCUACAAAAAUCUUCUUCACACCACUCUGAUGCAUUUUCAAGAAGCGUUUGUUAUUUUUCAGAUCUAUUUGUCUGUACCAUAUGGAUUUUUCACCUAUUUGCCACUGAAAGUAUAAGCAUAUAAAUGUUUUCAUGUUUUAUUCACUUGUUGUAUUGUUAAAUUAUUCAUGAACUUGUUAUCUAAUAAACACCUGAAUAAUAAUUAAAA